UUUUCCGGUUUUGUUUUUUUAUUGUGAAUAUUGAAUUGAAGAUAUCUUGUUGGAAGUUUCCCAAUAGAUUUUUUUUCCUGAAUAUAUUAGACUUUACUCCAUCCUUCGUUAUAAUCUUGCAUAUGCCCUGGUCAUCUAUUGAAGCUGCAUUUCCAAGGUUUCUGAGAGGGGAGUCGUGGAGGAGGAAUUGAGGAUCAGACCCAGAAUAGCACAUGGAUCAGAAUCUCCUGCAAGAUGCCAAAGAACAUCCCAGUAACGGCUAUUUUCCCCUGAAAGAUGUGGAAGACAAUCAGUUGGGAAUCUUUGACAGACCUCUUCCUUGUUUUGGUUGUGGAAUAGGAUGGUUUUCUCUGCUAAUUGGGUUUGUAUUCCCGGUCAUGUGGUAUUAUGCAACAAUUCUUUACUUUGGGAAUUACUACCAUAAAGAUCCGAGGGAGCGGGCAGGGCUAGCUGCCAAUGCAAUAGCUGCUCUGAUAUUUACUGUAGCAGCUCUAAUUGCAGUUGCCCUGGUUCUAUUGUAGUCAUCUUCUGCGAUGCUGUUAUCUAUUAGCCUAUAUCCAUAAUCAAGAGAACUUAGAGAUGACUCCCCUAUGGAGAAAGUAGCUUCACCUGGUUCACAUACAGAAAAGGUGUACCUACUGGAACAAUGCUGCAGGCCACAUGGGAAUGGGAGAAAGUUAGUCCAUUACAAAGGCAAUGAAGAUGUAAAGAUAUGUAAUACUAGUGUGCAUUUGUUGUGCUGUCUAUGAGACGAUAACAUGGCUUAAUCCUGUAAUAUGUUAGUGCAUCAAUUAAUUUUCUACACGAGAAACCAAAGAUCGUGUCCAGUUGCUCAUGAACA